GGUCACCCCGUAAGAAGGGCGACGCGCAGCCGGAACGCGCUUUGCCCCCGACAUAACAAAAUCCAUCCAGGCCAUCCUACCAUUACAUUACAAUAGGCUCGUCUUCUUCUCCAGCUACAGAUUGUGCAAGAAACUGCGAAGAAGCUGCUUCUCUUGUUCCCAAUCUCCACAGGGACCUACCUCUUUGAAUCUUCCCCCGAAUCCCUUCAAUUGCAUUUACCUUCAACCAAAUUUCUCUGUAAUAAUUCUCUUUCUACCUUCUACCUUCUUCUUCUUCUUCUUCUUCUUCUUCUUCUUGGCUUAAUUCUGUUCCCUCACAUCGAAAUUAGGGUUUCAGAUUUCCUGGUUGAAACCCUAGACAAGACCCUUUUGACCGCGGCCCUCGAAUUACUCGUCUUUUUGAUCGAUCGGCUAUUCCUUAUGGAAAUUUAGGGUUAGAGGGAGGAGGAUAUAAUGGUGGAACGGAAGAAUUUUCACCCCUCGCGGCGUUUUUCUCCGUUUCGCAGUGUUUUUAACGGAGCUUGUGCAGUAGUCAUGUUUUUCCUCUUCUACAACCAGGAAGAAUUUAUGAGAAAUAAGUUUCUAAGGAGCGCUCUUUCGGUUCUUCCUCCCCGUUGGAGUAUCGGAGAUGCCUUCUUCACUCAGGUAAGUGACGUUGAGGUAAUUCAUAGAAGAACUGCUGAAAUAAGUGUUCCUUCGUCAAAUUAUACUCUUGGUGUUAAUGGGUCUGUCCAAAAUAAUGUAUCCGUGAAUGAUCCCAACUGGUGUGGUGACUUGUUUGAGCACAAGGGUUAUAACAGCCGGUGUGAGUACUUGGUAGCCCACCCAAACUGCACUUCAGGGGGCCUUUUCAACUACAUAUUCUUUUUCUAUUGUGAUUGCGAGAGAUUUAGUGUUUUGGGAUAUGCAGUCUUGGCAAUGUGGCUUGCUGCUUUGUUCUAUGUAUUGGGUAACACAGCCGCAGACUACUUCUGUUGUUCAUUGGAGAAGCUUUCGAGUCUUUUGAAGUUGCCUCCAACUGUGGCAGGAGUUUCUCUGCUUCCACUUGGGAAUGGAGCUCCUGAUGUAUUUGCGAGCAUAGCUGCUUUUGUCGGCAAGGAUGCAGGCGAAGUGGGUCUAAACAGUGUGUUGGGUGGGGCUGUGUUUGUUGCCUGUAUUGUGGUGGGAACCGUUUCAAUUUGUGUGGCAGAGAUGAGGAUUCAAAUCGAUAAGAAAUGUUUCAUUAGAGAUAUCGGUUUCUUUCUCUUCACUCUUAUGUGCCUUGCCAUUGUAUUGGUUGUUGGUGAGGUGAGUGUUGGGGGAGCCAUUGCCUUUGUCUCAAUUUAUUUUGUGUACGCGUUCUUUGUUGCUACAAAUGAGAUUUUAAGGAAACAGGCCCGGAAGUUGAGGUUGGAUGCUGUCACUCCAUUGCUUCCUGUUAGAGGAAGUAUCUUUUCUCAUGGGAGUGAAGAAGAUGAAUCAAUUUAUAGUUCCCUGCUUGAGUCUGACUCUGGGAGUGAUGUUCCACAUCUCCAAACUAGGCUGCCCCAGUGGAUGUGGGCUUCGAAUGUGGCAAUUUAUUCGAAUCAGGCUUUGAAGGCUAAUGUGGCAGAGAGCCCACGAUCCUUGUGGGGUUGGACCGAGGAGGAGAUGGCUUAUGGCCACUCGCCCUUCUCUUGUUCUAAUCUAUUUUCCUUGCUGGAGAUGCCAUUUACACUCCCUAGACAGUUGACAAUUCCUAUAGUUGAUGAGGAGCGGUGGUCGAAGGGGUUUGCUGUGGCUAGUGCAGUUUUGGCUCCCAUUCUAUUGGCAUUUUUAUGGAACACUCAAGAUAAUGUGGGUUCUUUAAAUGGAAAACUUGCUUAUGUAUUAGGAUUUGCACUGGGUGGAACACUUGGAGUUCUUGCAUUUUUGUACACCAGGCCUGACCAGCCACCUCGUAGGUGCUUAUUUCCAUGGGUUUUUGGAGGAUUUUUUAUGAGCAUCAUCUGGUUCUACAUUGUUGCGAAUGAGCUUGUUGCUCUAUUGGUAGCACUGGGUUUUAUUUUUGGAAUCAACCCUUCCAUCCUUGGAUUAACUGUAUUGGCCUGGGGUAACUCUAUGGGUGAUUUAAUGUCAAAUGUUGCAUUGGCAAUAAAUGGUGGAGAUGGUGUGCAGAUUGCUAUAUCAGGAUGCUAUGCUGGACCAAUGUUUAACACUCUUGCUGGUUUGGGGAUCUCAAUGCUGCUCGGAGCUUGGUCAGAGAGACCUGCAUCAUACAUACUCCCUAGAGAUGGUAGCUUAUUUUAUACCAUGGGAUUUCUCAUCUCAGGACUCAUUUGGUCUCUUGUAGUUCUACCACGGAAUGAUAUGCGUCCCAGCAAGAUGUUAGGAAUUGGGCUUAUAAUCAUCUACUUAUUGUUUCUCUUUUUUAGGGUGAGCACUGCCAUGGGUGGUGUGUCUUUGGAUGGCUGAAGUUAACCCUUACAUUUACAAGAAACAAGUUGAUAUUGAUGUACGAACCCUUGGGGUUCAUCCUGUUUGGAGGAAAACUUUUGAAUCUCUUGCACACUGUUGAGCUGUGGUGGUAAUAUCUAUUCUGCAACUUGCAUCCCACAACAAUAUAAAGGCAGAGGAUAAUAUCCUAUUGAUGAAGAGGAUCAUUCAAGCUCGUUCAAAUGAAUAGAUAUUGGUGGAAAUUUUUAUCUCAACUGUGUUUGAUUAUGUAUUUUCUCAUGGUGUAUAGCUUUGCUUGUGUUUGAUGUUGCGAUCCGCUCGAGAUUAUUGUUCAUGCGGUUUGCAUAUCAGAUCAGAUGAUUUGUAUUUUCUAUUUUUAGUUUACCGAUGUGAAAUAUUAAUGUACUCUUCAAGUUGCUUUUUU